CCUCGGCAGCUGCGGGAGACGGAAGUGGUGAGAGCGCGGCCUCCGAGGGUCGGGCGGACACCGCCUGGUGGGAAGCAGGCAGCCAGAACCCUCACCACGGUAGAAUGGGUGAGGAGGGGCCCCCCAGCCUGGAGUACAUCCAAGCCAAGGAUCUAUUCCCCCCAAAGGAACUAGUGAAGGAGGAAGAAAAUCUGCAGGUGCCCUUCACAGUGCUGCAGGGUGAGGGAGUAGAGUUCUUAGGCCGAGCCGCUGAUGCCCUCAUUGCCAUCUCCAACUACCGGCUGCACAUCAAGUUCAAGGACUCUGUCAUCAACGUUCCCCUCCGGAUGAUUGACAGCGUGGAGAGCCGUGAUAUGUUCCAGUUACACAUUGCCUGCAAGGACUCCAAAGUGGUGAGGUGCCACUUCUCCACUUUCAAGCAGUGCCAAGAGUGGCUGUCACGGCUCAGCCGAGCCACAGCAAGACCUGCCAAGCCUGAGGACCUCUUUGCCUUUGCCUACCACGCCUGGUGCCUGGGGCUGACUGAGGAGGACCAGCACACCCACCUGUGUCAGCCAGGUGAGCACAUACGAUGUCGGCAGGAGGCAGAGCUUGUGAGGAUGGGCUUUGACCUGCAGAAUGUCUGGAGGGUCUCACACAUCAAUAGCAACUACAAAUUAUGUCCCAGUUACCCUCAGAAGCUGCUGGUUCCUGUUUGGAUCACAGAUAAAGAGCUAGAGAACGUGGCUUCCUUCCGCUCCUGGAAGCGGAUUCCUGUGGUUGUGUAUAGACACCUGCGCAAUGGAGCCGCUAUUGCCCGUUGCAGCCAGCCCGAGAUCAGCUGGUGGGGCUGGCGCAAUGCUGAUGAUGAGUACUUGGUCACAUCCAUUGCCAAAGCCUGUGCCCUGGACCCAGGAACGAGGGCCACUGGGAACUCUUCCAGCACCGGGAAUAGUGAUACGAGCGAGGCGUGUGACACUGACUUUGAUUCCUCCCUGACUGCAUGCUCUGGGGUAGAGAGCACAAUGGCUCCGCAGAAGCUGCUAAUCCUGGAUGCUCGCUCCUACACGGCAGCAGUGGCCAACCGGGCCAAGGGUGGAGGUUGUGAAUGUGAAGAGUACUAUCCCAACUGUGAGGUGGUGUUCAUGGGAAUGGCCAACAUCCACGCAAUACGGAACAGCUUCCAAUACCUCCGAGCUGUGUGUAGCCAGAUGCCAGAUCCCAGCAAUUGGUUGUCUGCCCUGGAGAGCACCAAAUGGCUGCAGCACUUGUCAGUGAUGCUGAAGGCGGCUGUACUGGUGGCGAAUACAGUAGACCGUGAGGGCCGGCCUGUGCUGGUACACUGCUCGGAUGGCUGGGACCGGACGCCACAGAUUGUAGCCUUGGCCAAAAUACUGCUGGACCCAUAUUAUAGGACAUUGGAGGGCUUCCAAGUGUUAGUGGAGUCCGACUGGCUGGAUUUUGGGCACAAAUUUGGAGAUCGCUGUGGCCACCAGGAGAAUGCAGAAGAUCAAAAUGAACAAUGUCCUGUGUUCCUCCAGUGGCUUGACUCCGUUCAUCAGCUGCUCAAGCAGUUCCCCUGUCUGUUUGAGUUUAAUGAAGCAUUCCUGGUAAAACUGGUUCAGCACACCUAUUCCUGCCUCUAUGGCACAUUUCUGGCCAAUAAUCCAUGUGAGCGAGAGAAGCGCAACAUCUACAAGCGGACCUGCUCUGUGUGGGCUCUCCUACGAGCUGGCAAUAAGAACUUCCAUAACUUCCUCUAUACACCGAGCGCAGACAUGGUCUUGCAUCCCGUGUGUCAUGUUCGGGCCCUGCACCUCUGGACAGCUGUUUAUCUGCCAGCUUCAUCUCCAUGCACACAAGGGGAGGAAAACAUGGAUCUUUACCUUUCCCCUGUGACUCAGAGCCAGGAGUUCUCUGGCCGUUCUCUGGACAGAUUGCCUAAAACCAGAUCCAUGGAUGAUCUUCUUUCUGCCUGUGACACAGCCAGCCCCUUGACUCGCACAUCCAGUGACCCUAACCUAAAUAACCACUGUCAGGAGGCGAGAGGAGGCCUGGAGCCCUGGCACAGCAAUCCCGAAGGAGCAGAGACAACACUGGUGGAAGCUGGGGCAGGAGGUCCUCAGCAGAUUGUAGGAGAAAUAGGUCUUCCUCCCCCUCCAUCUAGCAGCCAGAAAGACUACUUGAGCAAUAAACCUUUCAAGAGUCACAAAAGUUGUUCUCCAAGUUACAAACUGCUUAAUACCGCAGUGCCCCAGGAAGUGAAGAGCAGCACAUCUGAUCUUGAGAUCAAAGACUUGGAAGAGACUAAGGUACCAGCCCCAGACCCUCCUGCCCAGGAUGGGCUGAGUAGGACUUUGGAUAGUGACAGGGAGGAGCCAUCUGAACACUGUCUUGAAAUAGAUGCUGUCAGUGCCUUUUCUAAGGUCAUUGUCAGCAAGGGUGAUGGAAUUUGUGAUUUUCCUGCAUCUUCCCAGAACUGCCUUAUAGACGCCUCCCUGCAAGCCCAGCUAGACUCCAUACCUGAUGUACCCUCCAAUUGUGCUUCAGAUCCCAGUCUGGGCACCCUUUGUAACCCAGUGAAUGCUGCCUGCCAAACUCCUCUGGGCCGAAGGCCUGGCUCUCUCAACCAAGAUCCACCAGAAUCUGUGGCAAGUACCUCCCACCAGGAACACCCCAGUUUUGUGCCAGAUCUGAUGCAUGAAGAGGAAGAUUCUGGCAAAAGAGGGACUAGUAGGAAUGGGCAAUUACUGGAAGAUCCUCGCUUUGGGAAAAUGCCAUUGGAAUUGGUUCGAAAGACAAUUUCUCAGAGCCAGAUCAGUGAGUUCUCUUUUCUAGGGUCCAACUGGGACAGCUUCCAAGGGUUGGUUACUUCAUUCCCAAGUGGAGAGAUCACUCCUCGGCGGCUGCUGUCCUAUGGCUGUUGCAACAAGAAGUCAAACAGCAAGCAGAUACGGGCAACAGGGCCCUGCUUUGGGGGCCAGUGGGCUCAGAGGGAAGGUGUGAAGUCACCUGUUUGUUCUAGUCAUUCCAGCGGACAUUGUACUGGCCCAGGAGGAAAGAAUCGGAUGUGGUUGUCUGGUCACCCAAAGCAAGUCUCUAGUACAAAGUCUGUUCCCCUGAGCUGCCCUUCUCCAGUGCCUCCUCUCUACCUGGAUGAUGAUGGACUCCCCUUUCCCACGGAUGUGAUCCAGCAUAGAUUACGACAGAUUGAAGCAGGUUACAAGCAGGAGGUGGAACAGCUACGCCGUCAGGUGCGUGAGCUUCAGAUGAGGCUGGAUAUCCGUCAUUGCUGUGCCCCUCCGGCAGAGCCCCCCAUGGACUAUGAGGAUGAUUUUACGUGUUUGAAGGAGUCAGAUGGCAGUGACACAGAGGAUUUUGGUUCUGAUCACAGUGAAGACUGCCUUUCAGAAGCAAGCUGGGAACCUGUUGAUAAGAAAGAAACUGAGGUGACUCGCUGGGUUCCUGAUCAUAUGGCAUCGCAUUGCUAUAACUGUGACUGUGAAUUCUGGUUGGCCAAACGAAGACAUCAUUGCAGAAAUUGUGGGAAUGUAUUUUGUGCUGGAUGCUGCCACCUGAAGCUGCCCAUUCCUGAUCAACAACUCUAUGACCCAGUUCUCGUCUGUAACUCAUGUUACGAACACAUCCAAGUAUCUCGUGCCAGGGAACUCAUGAGCCAACAUCUGAAGAAGCCCAUUGCUACAGCUUCCAGCUGAAUGCCAGAGAAGAUGACCUGUCCAAUUUUAGCAGGUUUGAAGGGAGGAUCUGCUUCAGGUGUAGUUUUGAAGGUUCCUUGUUGUGGCUCAUGAAAUCACAGAGCUCAAAGAUGCCGUCUUGAGAAAUCCUCCUUGAUUCUAUGAGACUGGAGCAGAGGAAUUCCAACUUGGCAGGAGGUCCUCUACUGAGACCCUUACUUUGGGGUAAGGGUCUUGAUCUAGACCCAGAGCCUGGAAACUUAGUGUUGAGUUGGUCACUCCAGCUUCUUUCUCCAGGGGCUUACAAAAGUGAUGAUUUCAUAGAUAAUUCCUGGUGCAAAGUGCCCCAAACAGCAAUAGAAAGGCAUAUGUAUAACCAAACUCCAAGUGAUAACCAGACCCAUCUCUCCUCCACCUUGAAAAAAGCAGAUUAUAGUAUAUAUGAUAGGAAUUUCUGUCCUAUUUGAGAUGAACUAUACCCCGCACCUCUGUGCUCUGUGUCUGUGCAUGAAGGCUCAGUCUUUAGAGGCACUUCCUCUAGUUGUAUUAGUUCUGUUUUUCGGUGGAGUCUGGUUUAAAGACUGGUUCAGUAAGUGGAGAUUUUGGUGUAUUUUUCACUUGGGUCAUCGAACAGCAUCAGUGAACAUACAGUUUAGGGAGGAGAGUACUAGGGAAUACGACAUUUUUGAGAGGAGGAGAAAACUCUGGCAAAAAUUCUUUUGAGCUGUGAAGACAGUGGCCUCUGUUAACUCAGUGGCAGCUCUUGAGGUAUGCACUGUGAAAAAUGAGGAAAUGGGAAAAGCGAAAAAUGAUCCUUGUGAAGUAUCUGCUGAGUUGUCCUCUAUCAUUUGCACCAGACUUUUCCUAGUUGUCUUGGUGCUAACACAGGAGCUACACCUUGAUUCUCCCUGGCAUGAAAAGAAAACAUUUUUGUUUUGUCCCAUCAUCCACCUCUCCCAUGUUGUCUUUCCCUUGGCUGCUGCCUCCUCUGGGUCACACUGCUUCUUAUCCUGAACACUUGACACCUUGAGGGUAGAAUUUAGCAUUUGAUUUUUACCUCCUGGAUUAUGCUGUUUGGUAUGUGAGGGUUUCAGUACAAAUGCUGCUGUCUAUUUCUGUGCACUUAACAAUGGAACCCAAACAGAAGAGAAUAAAGCAUUGAUACCAAAAUUGGGAGAGAAAAUGUGUCCAUUAGGACCAAACAUUGUAUUAUUAUUAUUUUUUUCAUCUUAAUAUGUACCAGUGGCACUUAACCAAAAGAUAACAGUGAUAGCCAUGUAAUGUGGUUGGGACAGAUACAGUCUCCUGGGCCUAUAAUGAAACUACUACAGUUUCUUUGUACAUUUUCUUUUUGGUGUAUAAAAGAUGAAUUACAUUUAGGCUUAUGUUGUUUUAAAACUAUGAUAGUCAUCUAACUGCUACUUUCAAGAAAAAAAAAUCAUUUGAAAAGAACUAGAAUCUACAUUUAGAACAAGAAUUGCUAUUUGUUCUGACAUUUUUCUUCAGUCCUACAGAGAAGCAUUUGUGCUUUUAUACUUGCCAUGGAUGUAACCUAAAAAGUUUUGGCAUAUUUAGGUCAGCCUAGCAGAACUUUUUUUCCCUCUCAUUUAGAUGGAAUAAUGGAGAUUUUGUGUCUGAGAAAUUCCUGAAAUCAUUGAAAAAGUAACAAAAUAUUCCUUGUCUCUGAUACAUAAAAUGUGUGUCUAAGCAUUUUCUCAAUCAUUCAGAUUUACUGCCAAUCAUGAGUGGCUUUUUAAGUAACCUUCAUUGCACUUAACUCUGCCCAAUUUCAGGGGGAGUAAGAUAGUGUCAUUUAGAGAGACUGUAUCUGUCUACUUUGUGUGGCUGUUGGAGGGACUGUCCCAUCAGUGAACAAACUGCAUGGCCUUGGAGAGAGACUGGGCUCUCAGCUCAGAUGUAUUCAUCAAAUACUCCUUUCAGAGCUCUUGUGGGUGUAAGUGACAUGAUGUGGCCAAAAAUCCAAACUGUGCAGUCGCGUUGUGACAAACAUACAAUGUGCUGUAAAAACUCAAUACAAUUUAAAUAAAAUCUCUAUAUUAGUGCUGC